CCAUCUGGUGAUAAAUAAGAUGGGACACAACGCCGCCGUGCAGGCCCAAAUGGCCGACGUAAAGCUCCUGGUGCCAGACGGCGGCGCCAAGCCACCACCGCCACUGGUCGACAAGACCCUGUGCGGCGCCUGCGACAUCAUCAAGCUCCUGCCGACCGGCACGGUCACAAUCUUCCACGCCAUGGCGCCGUCCUUCAGCAACCACGGCGCAUGCGGGGUGGCCAGCCGGUACCUCACCCUCGCGCUCGUCGGCGCCUGCGCCGCCUCCUGCGUGCUGCUCUCCUUCACCGACAGCCUGGUCGGCCGUGACGGCAGGCUCUACUACGGCGUGGCCACGCCGCGGGGCUUCUACCCGUUCAACUUCGACGGCACGGGCGAGGAGAGGAGGCGCAAGUUCCGGAACAUGCCCCGGAUGAAGGUCAGGCCGCUGGACUACGUGCACGCGCUCGUCUCCUCGGUCCUGUUCAUCGUCGUCGCGCUUGGCAACGCCAGCAUACAGAGCUGCCUGUUCCCGGACGUUGGGCCGGACGUCAGGGGGGUGCUCAUGAACCUGCCGGUGAGGCUAGGGUUCCUGGCUAGCAUGGUAUUCAUGAUCUUCCCGACGACCAGGAAGAGCAUCGGGUACACCGACUUGAUGCCUCACAAACAGGAAGACGAGGGGGAAAGGAUUUGAAGCAUUAAUGCUCUAAGCUUAUUACCGAUUGCAUGAUGAAACAUAACUAGUAUUAUGUAUUAAGGAUGGAAGCCAUGAUUGUUAGUAGUUUUUUUGAGAGAGAGCCCUGAGUACAAGUUGUAGUAUCUGAACUCACAAAUAGACACACAUCACACACACUCACACCACACGCAACACCCCCUACAAGCAAGUUAAGACUUACUACAACCUAUCCUCCGAAGAUGUCUGCUUAUGUACCGAAGCACGGUCGGAAGAGGGCCAGCAGAGAACCUGUGUGGGAAUAAAUCCCGGGCGACACCCAGGUUGUCCCCGACAGGGAUCGAACCUGGGCGGGCACGCUCAACAACGGGAGGCGCUGCCAUCGCGCUACGAGCGCAUUCGCCAUGAUUGUUAGUAGUUAGUGUACAUGCAUCUAUAUAUUCUCAAUUUCGAUGCAUGUAGAAAGCUUACAAUUUAAUUUACAUGGGUAUCUCUAUGUACUACCUCCGUUACCAAAUACUAUAAUAAAAUAUAUACCUGAUAUUGUAUCU